AGAGUGAGAGCCUGAAAGACGUGUAUAAAACCACGAACCGCCGGUGAGAAAGACAUCAUUCACUUGAGCUCAACGCAUCGGCUUAGUAUCGUCCAUCCACCAAAUCAACUCCAGUGCACAAAGCGCAGUUCUGCUAGUAGCGCGAAUUCUAAUAUGAAGGCGUUUAUCGUGUUUUCUAUGGCUCUGGCCAUCACAGCCAGCGCAGCAGUCGAAGAUUCCAAGAAGGAAAAACGUGGCCUGUGGGAUCUGGGCUCGGACCAUGGAUCUUUCGAUCAGGAAUCCUUCAAAUUCCCCGAGUACGACUUUGAACAUCAUCACAUUGAGCACAAGGAGCCGGAAGUCAAGUAUGUGACCAUUGAGAAGAAGGUUCCAGUUUAUGUGGAAAAGAAGGUUCCCGUUCACGUUGACCGACCAGUCCCGUACCCAGUUGAGGUGAAGGUCCCCGUUAUCCAGAAGGAAUACGUCGAAGUGCCAAAACCAUACGCAGUUCAUGUUGAGAAGGAAGUGCCUGUAGUCAUCCACAAGCCAGUGUACAUCGAAAAGGCUGUCCCCGUUACCAUCAAGAUCAAGGAGCACAAGAAGCACAGCUUCUGGGGCUAAGAAGAGUUAGAGUGCUUGAUAUAGAUAUCAUAAUGUAGACUGAAAUAAUAAAAAAGCUAUUAUAUUUUUUAAAAAUAA